CUGACAAGCGGGAAGGAAUUGGUGUCUGUGGCUGGAUCCUGGUUUCCCUUUCAUUCCUCCUGGUGCUUAUUACCUUUCCUAUUUCCAUCUGGGCAUGUAUGAAGGUUAUCAGAGAAUAUGAACGAGCUGUUGUAUUUCGUCUGGGACGUAUACUGUCUAAGAAGGCAAAGGGAGCAGGUAUAAUCCUCAUACUUCCAUGUACAGAUACAUUUAUCAAGGUUGACCUCAGAAUGGUUGCCUGUAAGAUUCCUCCACAAGAGAUUCUCUCAAAAGACGGUGUUACUGCCCGAGUUGAUGGGGUGGUGUGCUACAGGAUCUAUAGUGCUGUCAGCGCUGUUGCUAACGUCAGUGAUGUCCACUCAGCAACCUUGCUUUUGGCACAGACAACCCUGAGGAACAUUCUGGGUAAGCAGAGCUUGGCUCAGCUGCUGGCAGGUCGUGAGGAGAUUGGACGCAAUAUCCAGGCUAUCCUCAACAGCACCACAGAGCAGUGGGGAGUCAAAGUGGCCCGUGUGGAGAUCAAAGAUGUCAGAAUUCCUGUGGCCAUGCAGAGGGCAAUGGCAGCUGAAGCAGAGGCUGCUCGAGAGACAAGAGCUAAGGUGAGACCAACAGCAAUGUCUAUCCCCAAGCACUUGUUUCCGUAGAAUUGUUUGGGUUGGAAAAGACCUCUAAGAUCGCUGAGUCCAACCAUUAACCCAGCACU